AUACCGGCCACUCUUUUAGGGACACCAUGCUAGUACCAUGUUGGACCCCUUUGGCCUUCAGAACUGCCUUACGUUUUUUGUGGCAUAGAUUAAACAAGGUGCUGGAAACAUUCCUCAGAGAUUUUGGUCUGGAAAUGCCUCGUUGAUGCAGAGGAGAAUGGCCAGACUGGUUCGAGUCUGCAGCAACCGACAAAUCUGCAGCAACGGCUUGAUGCUACCAUGUCAAUUUGGACCAAAAUGUCUUGUCGGUCAGUCAGUCAGACAAACAGACAUAGAUAUUUAUUUAUAGACAGAUGGACUUUAAAUGAUAGAUUAGAAUUUAUGCAAAUAGCUUAAACUGUUUUAAGGAUAUUAUAACAGUGAAAAGUCCAUCUAAAAAGAUAUUUCAAAAUCUCAAGUCUGUACCUUUAACCUGAGCUGUUGUAUCAUAAGGUUCAAAGUCUAACUUGAUUUCAAAGACUGCUCUAAAAUACCUAAAAAAGGUACAAGAAAGAAACCUUAGAGAGCAGAAGAGCUGUAAAUCAAUGGAAAUUCCAAUAUUUAUUGUUGAUGCUUUUACCAAUGUACCUUUCAAAGGUAAUCCUGCUGCAGUAUGUCUUAUAGAGAACGAGCUGCAAGACAAUCUUUACCAAAGCAUUGCUGCUGAGAUGAAUUUAUCAGAGACUGCUUUCAUCACAAAACGAAAUUCUAUGGAUUUUUCCUCAGGUGCAAGGUUUGGGUUACGCUGGUUUUCCCCCAAAAGUGAGGUUCCACUAUGUGGACAUGCAACACUGGCCUCAGCAGCAGUGCUAUUUUACCUUAAAAAGAAUGUCAACCCUGUUGUUGUGUUUGAGACUAUGAGUGGGGAGCUUCAUGUGCGCCAGCAUGAAGAAUCUCUAAUAAUGGACUUCCCCUUAAACAAACCAAAGCCCCAGGUACAACAUGAAAUCAAGGAUCUUUUGAAGGCUGCUGUUGGAGACUUACCCAUUCAGGAUGUGUGUUACAGUCCAACCACAAAGAAAUUAAUGAUUCGUCUAGCUGACACAUGCAACAGGUCUGAACUUACAUCUUUGAGGCCAGAGACAGAGACUCUUCUGAGAAAUGAGACCACUGGUAAGAUUAAAAGUCUCAUCAUUACAUUGAAAGAAACACAGACCACUCAGACUGGAUAUGACUUCUACUCCCGUGUCUUUGCACCCUGGGUUGGUGUCCCUGAAGAUCCAGUCACUGGGUCUGCACAUACAGUCCUUGCUGGAUAUUGGUCUGAGAAGCUGGAGAAAAAGAAAAUGAUGGCUUACCAGUGUUCCAGUCGUGGUGGUGAGGUAAAGCUGGAGAUAAGAGAUGACGAUCGAUUGGACAUCAUUGGUCAGGCGCAGAUCAUUCUUCAGGGAACUCUUAAAAUCUAGACAAACUUGCACAUUCAUUGAAUUUGAGGAUAUGGUUUUGAUGGAAAUCAAGUGCAUUUAAUUUUCACUUUAUAUUAAUGUGAAGGUGCAUUCUAAGUUAUGUGCCAUUUAAUAAAAUUUAUAGACCUGUGGGGGGGGGGGGGGGGG